UUGGUUGUUCAUGUCAAGUUACCUUAAGGAUGAAUUCACACAAAAUGAAUUAAUAACGAGUUAUUAAAUCAUAACUCCUCUGUGUGACUUAGUAACUCAUACACAUGACAGUGAUUUGUAUGAGACAUAGUGACUUGUGUGAGACAUAGUGAUUUGUAUGAGACAUAGUGACUUGUAUGAGACAUAGUGAUUUGUAUGAGCCAUAGUGAUUUGUAUGAGACAUAUUGAUUUGUAUGAGUCAUAGUGAUUUGUAUGAGCCAUAGUGAUUUGUAUGAGACAUGGUGAUUUGUAUGAGCCAUAGUGAUUUGUAUAAGACAUAAUGAUUUAUAUGAAAUAGUAAGGCAUACGUACGAGUUAAAUGGUCGCACUUUCAUGUUGAAUGCAUUUGGUUCUUUAUUUUCUGAUUAAAUAUCAAGUUCCUGUUCAUAAUAAUCUAAAACAGAAGUUCUGAUUGGCGGAUAUUUCUGAUACAAUUAGCGGUUUAUAUAGUGCGUAUAAAGCUAAAACCGCCGUAAAAUUCGAUAAAGGACGAUAUAUAUGACAAGGUGAGCGCAGGUAAAAGGUAGAUAAAGAGGACAGUGUACUUGUGUUGGCCUGGAUUUUAGCCUAGCUGUUUAACCGACUUCUCGUAACGUAAACAUAGUAUAUUUGAAACCCGUUGGGAUCGCACAGCGGAUACAUGAAAAGACCUCAGGUUACUGAGGUCCGAAGUCUGGCAGGUUACUGAGGUCCGAAGUCUGGCAUGUUACUGAGGUCCGAAGUCUGGCAGGUUUCUGAGGUCCGAAGUCUGGCAGGUUACUGAGGUCCGAAGUCUGGCAGGUUACUGAGGUCCGAAGUCUGGCAGGUUACUGAGGUCCGAGGUCCGAAGUCUGGCAGGUUACUGAGGUCCGAAGUCUGGCAUGUUACUGAGGUCCGAAGUCUGGCAGGUUUCUGAGGUCCGAAGUCUGGCAUGUAAUUCAGUGUACAUUGAUUUAUCUGGGUUUUCAUAAUGACUACCGGGUUUGAAAACACGAUUGUAACCCGUAUAUGAAGCGUAGAAAAAUGUCGGCAUUUGAUUAUUCGUUCCAACAAAAAGACAUUGGAUUAAAGACACAGGGCUUAAUAACACUUCGUGAAGAGAACGCUUUGAAUUUCGUACUGGAAAGGAAUUGUUCACCACUCAGCGGAAUAAAUCAAUCCACACCGGCAGACGCACUGACAUCUGUAAAACGUGACGCAACCGAAGGAUCGCUGUUGGUACGAAAAAUGAGCAGCCCUAGUCUACAGUCCGGUUUGCAACAGCAGACGACAUUGGAAACUUAUAAAGUGCAAAUGGGGGACAGGAUGAAGAAUCUUAAUUUAAAUGUUACCGCAGACAAUUUUUUGUUAGGGACGAUGGAUGCGCUGUCAUAUACAGAAGAAGGUAGCGCACCACCAGGGGACCCCGAAUCGUGCGGACCUCCGACAGCUUUCGCUGAUGCAGAAAACAACAGGAGCGAGCCAGGAAUUAGUGGAAAUAGUGACUACACCUAUGGCUAUGAGGAGUUGUGUAGCCCACAGAAAAAGUCCAGAACGAACUCCCGCACCUCAAGGCCACCUUUGUUACCCCCGUGCCGAGUGUGUGGUGACCGGGCCUCUGGUUAUCAUUAUGGAGUGAAUACAUGUGAAGCUUGCAAGGGAUUUUUCCGUCGGAGUAUUUGCAAGACAGAACCGUACGUGUGUACAGGUUCGGGAGACUGUAAAACAGUGGGUGGGAAAAGAACAGCAUGCUCACAUUGUCGUUUCAAGCGCUGUAUUGAAGUUGGCAUGUCAAAAAAUGCCAUCAAAACUGGCAGAUACACACACGAACUGCGGUCAAAGAACAUUUUAGAAGUGAAACGGCUACAAAAGCAGGGAAGUGAUGAGAGUCCCGAUUGGACUUCCGUGGACUCGUUCAACAGCGAUACAUAUUAUAUGGAAUACAAGAAUGACCUUCUCCGGAAGUCGCUGUUAGAAGAAACUUUGAGAGUGCUUGUUACCGGACAGAAAAUGUUGUAUGAAUUUCUAGAUGACUAUUACAAUGACGAUCUCAUUCGGGAAAGACAGUUAUCAGUAUAUACAAGAUACAUGUGCAGAAAAGAGAGACUACUUUCACAAACCGAAAACCUCUCCAGACAGUCUGAACAACUCGACACAGUCACACAACGCAUCCAUACACCGUCAGAAUGCCUUACCACAGAUACACGUCUCACUACACAGACAGAGCAACCGCCCGCACGAAAUGACCAACAUACCUCACAAGAAGGGCAUCUCAACGUACAAACUUCACAAACGGAACUCACCAUACAUUCUCCCGCCAAAAUCCAAAUGGAACUUCCUCCAGAUUUAAGUGGAAGCAUUAAAAACAUCCAAAAUGAAGACCUCACUUUAAGUGCUAAAAACCUUGAGAAUCUGACAGCUCGGGAAGAAAGUGUUGUUGCUGACACCGCACAUGAUGUUAACAGAUUACGGGUACAAUCAAACGAGAGCAUUACUAACACCGGAAAUGAUAUGACAAGAAUAAAGUCCGAUAAAUCCGUGUUACCGUUAACGGAGAACAUAAGGGCGGAAGUAAUGACAAAAAUUAUAAAUGACCUUGAACAAGGUGUGCAAGGAAUGUUAGCAUUCGCCAAGAGUUUACCCGGUUUUGCAGAACUCCCUUCUCAGGAUCAAGUUUCAUUAGUAAAAGCCGCACGUUUUGAUAUUUGGUAUAUUGGACAUAUACGUUGCUUUAAUGUAGAGUUACGGGUUGGGGCCUGUGAGUGGCAAUUCCAUGCUGAAGAACUAGCCCAGGUAUGGGGUGACUCGAUGGUAGACCUGGCCUUCACGCUAUCUCGUGUUGCUCAAACUCUAGACUUAACUAAAGACGAGACGGCCGCUCUCCGUGCUGUAUGCCUUACUUUUCCAGAUCGGUGUAUGGACUUGCAACAACGAAAUGAUGUAGAGCAAAUGCACACACAUAUGCUGGACGUGUUCAGAUAUGUCUCCUGUAAGAGACAUAACGACUACAAUAAAUGGUUCCCUAAAGUCGUCAACUUUCUAAUGCUUCUACGCGAGUUUGGUAUAAAGUUCGAAGCUGUGUCUUCAAAGCUGACGCUUGACUGGGAUGUAUUGAAAGACAAUCCUGUGUUAUUGUCCGUAUUUCUAAGUUAACUAUAAUUACGAUGAUAUAGCCGAAUGUUUAGCGAGUUUAAAGGAUGACUUUGCAUACACUAUUACUUGCAAGCUGCAGUGUGUCCAUCUUUCGGCAGAAGAGUUAAUCAAUUAAGGAAAAACUGUAACUAUGUCAAUGCCUGUACUUGUUAGUAUCAGCAACUUGAGUCUUUAAAGUGAAAUAUACAGUGAAUGCGUAUGUCGGAUAAAUAGAACAUACUAGUAAAACAAAAACAUGGCCUGACUGAAUCUGAUAGAAGGAAACGUACUGACACUCUGUAUUCAGUGGCACCUUGUGACAGCCUACAUUCAAGUGACUGUGAUGACCAACGUUCGAGGGAGUGUAACGGCUUUACAUAGUGAAGGUCUGUACAGUAGAAUGAAACACGUUACAUGUUGACACACAGUAUCUAAAAGACAGAGGCAGUGUUUCUAUCCGAUUGUUUAUAAGUUACGCACAAAACUGGGACAACUUCGAUAUUUUACGUGGCUAGCUAUUUCUCCAAACUUUGACGAUAUUGUAUUACUGUCUCACGAAAAACAAUGUGCCGGAUAUUUGUUUUAUUUACUCCGAAACAAUAGAAAGAUUUUUUUUGCAGAUCGACAGUAAAAGGCCAGUAUUUUUUAUAGAAAUAGUACAAAUAUUUAACAUUUGUGAUAUUGGAAUAAAAACGAGGUAUAACAAAUCCUAUGACGGACAAACUUACAUGUACUGUAUUGGAGACAGUUACUCAGGGAGUUGAAAAUGUACCAAAGUGACUUAGUAUAACCUGUUCAAACAAAUGAUUGUUUUAAAAUGAUGCCAAGUCAAGAGAAACUUAUUAUGCCAAAAUAAUGUUCUGCCGACGAUGCAUAUUUCCAAAACUGUUGACCAGAUUUUCAUGUAUAUUGUCAUGGAAACAUUUGUUAAUUUUUGCAGUAUGUGAUAUUUAAAUUGUUGCUUAAAACGUUCCAUUUAUUAACAUGGUAACACAUUCCUUAAAAUUGAUAAAUAUAUAUUUAUAGAAAAA